AUGCUACAAUCUCCAUUUGGCGAAUUUAUAUGGUCAGGCUGGCCUUUGGACAAGCAAGCAAUUCGUCCAAGUCUUUACGUGCUCUGGUUUGAUAAACCACCAACAGUUUCGGACAUGCCUACAUAUCCAAGGUCUCGAGAUAAACUUGUUUAUGGCACAAAUGGAACUUCAUGGGGUUGGUACAUCGACUCAUCAACAGAGGCGCGUCCAUAUAUAUGUCAAGCACCAUCAAUCAACGCUAAGUAUUUGCGUCCAAAUGGUUGGACAAUUGAAUACGGUCAAAAUGAUACACUUCCGAUCUCUCGAGGGCCCUGUUUUGUGGCACAACCUGACGACGCAUGGUUUGUGAGUGGGAUCGAUGUGGAAGAUUUUGUAUCCUUUAAAUGCUUCGCCAAUGGAAAUCCAGCACCGAAUUAUAGAUGGUACAAACUCGGAUUGAUAACCAGCGGUUCCAAUGUGAUCGUGAAAAGAACUCUUGUGAACCCCAUGGAUUCCGCAGAGGGCCGUAUGGCUAUAAGUGGGGGCAACUUGGUGAUACAUUCUCCUUCAUCAAUUCUUGAUUCAGAAUAUUACCAAUGUGAAGCGUAUAAUCAAUUUGGAAGCAUUCUAAGCCGAACUGCAAAAAUAGUCUUUGGCCAAUUAGAGACCUUCCCGAAACACCCUCGCAAAACUAGAAUCGCAGCGGCUUAUCAAAGCGUUACUAUUCCUUGCGACCCUCCUGCUCACUCUCCUAGAGACAGUCUGAUAUACUCGUUUUACAUGCGAAAAGGACUGCGUCUUGAACCACUGGUGCUGUCGGCUCGUCCAGGAGUUUUCGUCUCUCAAGCACAGGCACUCAUCGGUUUUUCUGAAGCCACGACGCAGGACUCAGGAACAUAUGUGUGCAUGAUAACAAUGUACCAACUGGGCUCUCGACUAAGCGACUCACCGAAAUCACCAGACAUGCCAUUGAAAGUGAUGGAGAGCAAUUAUAGGACACAGGAACCUCGCAUCUACGACAGUUUUCCAGCCAUUUGGCCCAGCGAUCCCAUUCGUGGCCACCCCGUCAGGAUUGAAUGCUUUGCCGGUGGCAGUGUGCAGUCUGGACCACUGCAAUACACCUGGCGCAGGCUGGAUGGAGUUUCGAUCCCUGCAAACAGAUUAAGGGAACUAAACCGCGUCAUCGAUAUUCCUCAAGUGCAACCUGAGGAUCAGGGUGUUUAUGAAUGUAGCGUAACGGAUACAAAAGGAAGCCGGGCGGACCCGCGAACCGUGAGUUUGCAGAUCAGGGCAUUGCCCUACUUCACUAACAAGGCGAAAGACGAGGUAGUGGCGGUUCAAACCACAGUCACGAUGGUCUGUGAGGCUGAUGGCAUACCUGAACCCACUCAAUACUGGUAUCGUAAUGGUGUGAGGGUUCGUAACCUUAUCGACGCUGGCCAACUCGACGCUAGCCGUUAUGUUCUCGCGGAUGGCACCAGAGAACCUGCUUCUUUGGUUAUCUCCAAUGUGGUUGCUACCGACUCAGCAAUGUUCGACUGUAUAGCAGUAAAUAGUCUGGGUAGUGUUUCUUCUUCCGGUGAAUUACGCGUGCUUGCUUUCGCGCCAAACUUUCAGAAGAAUCCAAUGGUACCGGUGCUAGGUAUGGUAGGCCACAGCGCUGUCAUGACGUGUCAGCCUGAAGCUGCUCCUAAGCCUACCAUCACCUGGUUUUUCCAGGGAGCAGCUCUUGCUCCUAUCCCCAGCACCAUAGAUCCGACCACCGGCGAACCUGCUUGUCCCAUAACGUAUUGCACUCUACCAAGUGGGAACCUGUUGGUGGCACAGCUGACAAGAAUGCAAGAGGGUCUGUACAUGUGCCGAGCCGAGAACCAAUUUGGCGUGGCCGACACAUCAGCCCAUCUCACAGUGAUCGAUCCACUAGUCCUCACAUUACAACCCCAAAACACCAUCGUAGACGUUAACUCAACAGUUAUUGUGCCUUGCAAGGCGAAUGUCAGCUCGUUCCUCGAUGUCAACUAUGCUUGGUUCUACGAGGAUGUGGAGAUUAAAUUUGAUCGACUCGAUGUGGACGCACGGCGCUACGAAACGACGAAAUUUCUACGCCCUUAUGAUCGAGAUUUUGGCUUUCUGCACAUAGUAAACAUCCAGCUCUACGAUGCCGGCCGGUACACUUGCGAGGCCCAGACACCGCUAUCUCGAGACCGUGCCACCGCCUAUAUCCUCGUUGCAGGUCCACCCGGUCCCUGCGCAGGUGUGGAGGCAUCAACAAUUCCAGACACCGAGUUGGUUAUGGUGAAUUGGACCAUUGGAGCAGAUCACUUCCAUGCAAUUGAAUACUUCAUAAUUGAGGCUAAAGUAGCCGACGAGCCGUGGUCAGUGGUGGUGACGCGCCUCAACGACUCUGCCGACAUAGUGAUAGGCCAAAAUAGCAAACGCAGAACAACAACAAUCGGAAACCUUUACUCAAACAUACCCUAUCAACUUCGCGUCCGAGCAGUGAAUGCAAUGGGUGUUGGGGAGCCUUCGAGACCAUCACGUGGGAUCGUCACUCUUCCGAAGGCACCGACAAAGAUGGUCCGAAACGUUACCGGAGGCGGUGGUAAGGAGGGCACGCUGGUGGUGAAGUGGGAGCCGCUGUCACACGUGGAACAGAAUGGGGAAGGCUUUCAUUACUCACUUCAAUGGAGAGCGUGGGAGGACACCGAGUACACUACAACCCUCGUUUACGAGCCUUCGCCGGUGCCCGAUACCACGUGGGUGCAGUGCACAAUCAGUCUACCAGUUCUGCGCUAUUAUAAGCCCUACGAGGUCACUAUUCAAGCUGUCAACAAUCAGGGUCCUGGACCAAUCACUGAUCCAGUGGUGAUAAUGUCAGCUGCUCGGCUGCUAGUAACUGCUCCACGCAAUCAACAGGCGAACCAGUACAACGGCAGUGCCCUUCAAAUUACCUGGGAACCCCCGUUGCUAAGUGGCGAAGAGGGCCCCAUUCUGGGUUACCGACUUAUCUACUGGCGCCGCAAUCUAGAAUGUCUCGGCAUAGAAUCCGAUAUUGAGCGCUUUGAACAAGGUCAGCGGCGCACUCUUUAUGGCGCUGACCUGACUUCUGGGUUCAUUAUCGGUCUAGAGCAGGAUAUUUAUUACUGUGUCGCGGUUCAGGCCUUCAAUACUGCAGGCGAUGGACCACCAUCAGGAUUUGCUGAGCAGACAACUUACAAACUCUGGCCCCAAAGUUUUCCCACCAUGGUUCAAUUGAACAGCACACACUACCCACGGACCGUGCGAGUGAGUUGGAUAGGCGUGCAGACUACUCUGAAUGAGGAAGCGGUUUUGGGCUAUCGCAUUCGUUACUGGCUGGUGGGCUCGAACUACAAGGAGGCACACACAGACGUAGACGUGAGGUUGAGGACUUACGGCUACGUUCAAAAUCUGGAUAUUAACAAACGCUACAAUCUGCGAGUGUAUGCGUACAGUAGAGGUGGUGUAGGAAAAAUGUCCUCCCCGAUCGUGCAAUUUCAAAUGAUCCCCAGAGACCAAUGUGUACCUGGAGCAUCAUGGGGUCGGUUUAUUGCCUUUUUGCUCUUGUGCCUUUAA